GAUCACCUGAGGGGAGGGGGGGGGGGGAUUACCAGACAGCUUGUGCCACUCAUUGUGGAGGGACGUGUGAGGCGGUGUCGUUAUAAUAACGCGCACUCACUGGUUUACUGGAUUUGUUUCACGACUCUUCCAUGACGCGCCCCGGACGCACCGAUGGAGCCUUCUGCUGGACGCUUUUUUUACAAACACGAGACUGCAGCGGCCGGUGUGUGAUGCGAACUGAGCCGUGGGUGGUGUAGACCCCCCUCUCCCCUGCACACCACACCACCGCCUUAUCCGAGAACACCCCCCCUCGAACAUCCCUAUCCCUCCCCACCGGGACGCGCAGCCUUGCGCACACUCCACUGGGGCAACAUGUCCCGGGCAGCGGCUAUCGCCAACUCGCUGAUCCGCCAGAAGCGGCAGGCGAGGGAGCGGGAGAAGUCGAACCAAUGCCGGCAAGGCACCGGCAGCCCGAGCAACAGCAAAGGCGCCAACGAGAAGCCGAGCAAGCUGAACGUGUUCUCACGGGUCAAACUGUUUGGAUCGAGGAAGAAACGGAAGAGAAGGCGACCACCAGAGCCCCAGUUAAAGGGCAUUGUGACCAGGCUUUCCAGUAGCCAGGGCUUCCAGCUGCAGAUGCAGCCUGAUGGCACCAUUGAUGGAACCAAGGAUGAAGACAGCACCUAUGCUGUGUUCAACCUGAUCCCGGUGGGGCUUCGUGUGGUGGCCAUCCAGGGCGUCCAGACCAAACUCUAUCUGGCAAUGAACAACGAAGGCUUUCUCUACACCUCUGAACAUUUUACCCCGGAGUGUAAGUUCAAGGAGUCGGUGUUUGAGAACUACUACGUCACCUACUCGUCCAUGCUGUACCGGCAGCAGGCCUCGGGUCGGGCCUGGUACCUCGGACUCAACAAGGAGGGCGGGAUCAUGAAGGGGAACCACGUCAAGAAGAACAAGGCCGCAGCACACUUCAUACCGAAACCGCUCAAAGUGGCCAUGUAUAGGGAGCCCUCUCUCCACGACCUGACAGAACUCUCACGGUCAGGCAGCGGCACACCGACAAAGAGUCGCAGCGCUUCGGCCCUACUCAACGGCGGAGGGAAGUCGCCCAGCAACAAUGACUUAUCCUAGCCCCCCCACCCCUCACACACCUCACACACACACACACACACACACACACACGCAGACACACACACAGACACACAGACACACAUACACUCGCACACAGAUCUCAGGCCGACAUGCCCACACAUCAGGCUGUCGAGGGGUAGGAGGAGGAGGAGGAGGAGAAAACGAAGGAGGACAGGAUUGUGUUCUUCCACUUAACGGAGCCCACUGUGACUGACUGUGAUGUAAAUAAAAUCAAGGACAAUCAAUCCGUCUGGCUCUGCUGCUCUGGUCUGCAGAGGGACGGGACCUGUGAAUCUCUUCCCUCGACUACUCUUCCUACUGUAUAUCCUAACCAGACAGAACAGAACAAGGUGAGGGAGAAGGAGUAAAGAAAAAAUAGGGAUGGAUAAGAGAGAGUCAGUCAGUCACAUAUAGUCAGAUAAACAGACUGUUACUGAGAACCAAAGAGUCCAAGUAUUAACUAAAGUUACUGCGGCGAAAGCGGCGAGAAAGUUAGAAGUGACAAAGGAAGGAAGGGAGUCUUUAUCUAUUCUACCAUAUGCUAUGUUUACACAGAGCUCACGGGGUUAAGUCAUAUUUUUAAAAAUGUAUUCCUUGUACACUUAUGAGGACUGAUCUUUUGUUUUGCAUGCAGGUGCGCCUGUGUGUGCGUGUGUGUGUGUGUGUGUGAGUGUGUGUGGGCAAGAGAGAGCGAGUGGGUGAGCACGCAUGUGUCCGGGGGGAGGGUUUGGGGGGGGAUUUUACCUUUUUAAGAUCUGUUGUAUAUCAGACAAACCUCCUGAGGGCUUUAGCAGGUUAAAAUAAGGUUUACUGUAUAUGCUUCCAUGCUUACUUCUUACAAGCAAUGCCGUUGUUUAUCUUUCCGUUUUGUCGUCGUUGUCCCUUGCUGUUUGUUUGUUUGUUGUUGCAUGGAAGCUUGUGGACCUCUGCUCAGUAGCAGCAUGCCGUUUUUAAUUUUUGGUUUUUCCUGGUCUUGCGUGUUCCCGACCUAAAGAGAACACUAGUGAGCCAACAGUGUCGUACCAGAACACUAGUGAGCCAAUGGGAGGGUGUUGGUUGGAACACUACUGGACCAAUAGUAUUGCACCAGAAUAUGAAUGGACCAAUGGUGUUGGACCAGAGCCCAAAACCACCUCGACCAAUGGGAGCACAGAUUAACUUCAUAUUUUGGUUCCUGCCGUGGACAAACUAGAAAUGCACUAAAUAAACUCUUUCUAAAGAAGU